UAACUUACAGUCACGCUACGAUAUUGGCGUUCAUUUUGCAAUCAAUUUUAAAACGCCAUGUCCGUAAAAGCCAAUCCCGCUGUGGAGCAGGUCUGUAAGGCAGCCAAUUCACUGUUCCCCGAGUUGAAUGUGCGGCCCUCCGAUAUAGUCAAUCCCACCGAAGCAUUCCUCGUACGCAUUUUAGUAACCUGCCUAAAGGCUUAUGGAUUUCGCGUUGAUCCGCCAUACAACAUCGACAGCGAUGACGCCUCGAAGAUGAAGCGCGUCUUUCUAGCGAAGCUGUGUCGACAAGUGCAGAAAAUAUUGCAGAUCUCGUUUCCCAGCAAAACUUACACCUACUACGACAUAACACAGCCAACUGCCAAGACUACGCUCAAUACUUUGGAUGUGCUCAUCAACUAUUGGUGCUUCUAUCGCAUGCACAAAAAGAGCAUUAUUCAGCCCAUCAUCGAGCGCAUUCACGAGCGUCAAGCGCUGAUUACUGUCAACGCUGCUAAGCGGAACGAGCUAGAGCAGCAGCAACAAUCUGGUGUGCAGGAUAAGAUUGAACUCAAGGAAUGCGAAGCCAACAUGCACAAACUGCACGAUGAGUUGACACAGGCGAAGACUGAAUUGAAGGUGCAGUCAAAGGCGCUGCGACAAGUGGAAUCGGAGAUGGCAGUGGAAAAAGAGAUGAAAUCUCAGAUUGAAAGUCAACUUAAACAAAUCAGCCAGCUUGUGGUGCUGGACAGCGAUGUGGCGGAUGUUAAAAUGGAAACAAAGGAGUUGACUGCACAAAUCGAGAGCCGCAAACUUGAGUUGGAGAAACUCAAGCAGAUUUACAAUGAGCGGCGCGUGGAACUCGAGACUAUUGCACAGCUUAGUGAGCACAUUGAUGAAGCCUCCAACAUUGUGCCACCCGAGGUAUUGAGCGGCUACAAGGAUUGCAAAAAGACUCUAGAACGAGUCGAAAAGACGCACAAAUCCCUUGUGGAAAAUCAUCAAAAUUUGCUGGACGCUCAAGUGAAGUUGCAAGAGCGCGAGCAGCAGAAUGAGGCCAACUUAAAGGCGCGUAUUCUGCAAUGCGAGGAGCAAGUGGUUAAAAAACGAAAACAGAAUAAAGAGCAGGAAUUAGCGAUUGAGCAGCAAAGCGUUGAAAUCGAAGAGUUGCAACAGACGCAAUCGACGUUGGAGCAGCAGCUUGAAGAGGAGCAGCGCGUGGAUGAAAAUCUAAAAAUCUUUGUAUCAAAAUUAUCUCUCUAAACACGCACUUGUAUCUUAAUUAAUAUAUAAUUCCGUUUUGUUUAUUACUAGUUUGUUUUAACUCAAUUAUUGUGUGGUUAGAUACGAACGCCGAACGAUUUCAUGUCUCCAUUUUCUUGCUCUCCAAAUGCGCCUUGAGCUGUUGACUGAAAUCAUCUUCCACAUUGUCGUCAUCCCAAUUAUCUUCCCACACGUUGGGCUCUUCAACAUCGUCGGCUACACGAAAAUCUGCAACACACAAAUUGCAACUUUUAGUAACAACAAAAACAAAUAUUUCAUUCACUCACCUUCAGCGGGAAACUCUUCGAACUCAUCGUCUUCCUCGAGCAAGCCCAAGUCUUCGCUCUUUUGAUUGGUCUCCUCCUUUGUAUCCUUCUCUUUAUCGGCCGAAGACAUUUUUCGUUAUGUGUAUUUUAGCAGUUGAAUAACAAUUGUUCAACAAUUUUCCAACUAUUUAUUUGA